GUUUAGUAGCAUAACCUUACCAUUCCGUCAUAACAAUGAAUCAGGUGGAACACAAGAAGUGAAAUUAUCCAGAACUUUGAUUUGUUCAUCUGUUUCAAAAACUAAAGCACAAUGCUUGGCCCAAUACCCGACGAAAUCAAAGGCAUCCAGCACUACAUGAAACUGGCAGAAGAUCAUGAUGUCAGGAACAUUUUGGUUUCAUACUAUGCGCGCAUGUCGGCUAUACAAGUAGCAAUGAAAAUUAUCCCUGGAGCAAAACCACCAGAGGUGUCUAAAUACCUAAUGGGUAUCAUGGAUUGGUUGGAAACAACCAAGAGAGAACAUAAAGAACUUGAAGGUAUUGCAAAUGAUACUGUUGCACAAGCUCUGAUUGAAGAUUACACACUCAAAAUAUAUAAUGUGGCUUAUCAAUGUGAUUGUAAUGGAAAGUUUACAAAGAAUGUUGUUAAAGCUUAUUAUACAGCUGGAUUACUUUGUGAAGUUCUACAACAAUUUGGUCCUUUAUCUGAGGAAAUUGAAGAAAAGGGCAAAAUAUCCAAGUACAGAGCCACAUAUAUCCACAACAUGCUAAAACAAGGACUCCCUCCCCAAAGGAUCAAUGUUACUGUUGUUGAUUCUGAUGAACAAGAAGCUGAACAUAUGUUAACACAUGAUGAGAUCAACGAGCGGCGAAAACAACGCGGCGAGGAUCCUUUACCACCAAGAGAAACAUCCUCUGAGGAUAUUCCUUUCAUGAUGCCCAAUAUGAAUGAUGACUCAGAGCCAAAUUAUCAACCAGAAACAAUGGCCCCUGAGAAGAUUAUCGACGACGGUGAACCAUCCAAUCCAAUAUUACCCAGUGCCGGUCACCAGUUUAGCAAUGUCGCUGAUAACAUAAUGCGGAACUUCAGAGAUCAACCACCAGAUGAACCGAAACGACCAGCACCAACAAGUUUCCCACAAGUUCCACAACCGACAUCCUCAGAUGCAUCGUCUGUGGCAGUUUUGGAUCCCGACCAGACUGAAAAGGCUGUCAAGUACUGCAAGUGGGCUUCGUCGGCAUUAAACUACGAUGACAUCGGUACAGCGAUUGUAAACUUGGAGCGCGCGUUGCACUUAUGCCGGUUUGGACAAGAGAAGCCUUAAUAUCGAAAUCCGAAAAACAAAUUAUAGUUAACAAUAUGCACUAAUAUUUAGACUUACAAUUCAACAAGUCUUAGUUUAGGAGAGCUUUUGGUUACAUGUAAGUAACUUUAUUCUUUACCCUCUGAAGCAUCCACUAUAUAGCAUUAAUUAUAAAUUAAUAAGACAGAACAUCAAUAACAAUAUUUGCUAUUUCCCAUGUAUUAUUUUAUUACAAUGUUGUUGUGUACUUGCAAAUAAAUUAUUUUAUUACUCUG